CAGUUCGCUCAACCGCAAAGCAGACUGUUGCAGGCUCCGGGCGAAUGAAAACAUUGCAGGCAGGAUAUAUACUUCAUUGCCAAAAGAUCCAUGCACUACACGAAGCCUCUUCAGUUCUCUUUCAACGAGUUUACUCUCGUUCGGUGGUUCAAGAAAAAUCAAGUAGAGACGUCGUAAAUGCUACGUAAAAUGGGAAUGAAACGCAACGUUUUCAUUUUUAUCACUAUCGUGGCGUUAUUCACAGCGACGUAUCUAACGUUUUUUAACCAUCCUCCUGCAGAAGAAACGCUGAUGGCGAACAGAGCCCAAUCGAUACGGCGACCAGAAUGGAUGGAAAAGACCAUGGAGGUUAACUUUGUCCAAGAAGCAAACGCAGCAGCUAAGGACGUUUUCCUCCUCGAUGAGCCAAAAAAUAAUAAUAUUGAGAAGUUUGAUUCAAAUAAGAAAAAACUGCUAGAAGCACCGAAAAACGAUAUCGAGCGAAUCCAUCAAAGCGCGAUUGAUAAAACAAAGUCUGCGGCUGGUGAUAACAAAAUUAGUAAGAUAGCUGACAAUAAAGAAAAGGAAAACUUUUUACCAGACACAGGUGGGAAACUGCCAAAAGAAGAAACAACAUUGGUUGAUAAACAUGGUAUAAAAUUUUUCGAUUGGGAUAAAUGGAUCUCUGAUCAGGGGUUUGUGUCUGUUGGAAAAAUAUGGGCUUUCUGUGAUGAACCAAAUCCACCUGUUGUUGGAGCGGCUAUUUUGAUGGCCGACGAAAAUGGCGGAAUCAAGAUAGUCACUGUUAUGAAUACGACCUUUGAAAACAGUAUACUCUUUGGAACCAUUGCCGUUAAAGUGGAAUACGGUGGAAUUCAAUUAUAUACCAACGAAUUUCCUGUGUGCGACAUGGCAGAAGAGGACGAGUUUUUCACCUGUCCAAUGAAAGCAGGUGACCAAUAUUACAUGCGAGAAGAUCAUGUACCUGGGCUCCUACCAGCGGGUAAUUAUUAUACGGAGGCGAAACUGAUAGAUCACAAUAAAGUAACGGUUGUCUGUGCGAACUGUGAUCUGAAUAUAAAAUAAUAUCAAUCAAACUACAUAGCCUAAGCUGGAACUGGGGGCCCGCGGCAGCCGACUGCAACUAGAAUGAAUCGAGAAACUGAGGUACUCCAGUGAAGUUGAGCUGCUUAUCUCCAAGACAGACAUCACAGGAUACAAAGAUGGAGCAUGUUUGAAUGCUUCUAAUACUGUAAAAUCUCGAAUAGAAGCCCCAUGGAUGUGCUUAAUAUCGAGAAGAUUCCCCCUCUUCUGUUUUCAAAAGUAAUCUCGAAAAGAACGAAGCCAAUCUCGAAAAGAAGCCUAUUGGCUUGUAAUCAAGACAAUAUAAGGGCUUCUUUCGAGAUAGUACAUUCAGAUUGAAGUUGUCUUUAUGAUUAUGAUAGCGUAUCAGUAUUAAUGGUAAUUUAGUUUAAUAAUAUGGUUAAAGUAAAUAAUAAUUUAAAAAAAAACCAUUUAACAGAAUAUUGAAUUCCAUAGUUGAAAAACGUCGUAAGUAGCAAUUUCAAAAUAUACAACAUUCAUUUUAAAAAGAAGCCCCCCUCCCCUUUGAGUUUGCAAAUGUUUUUUCGAAAAGAAACUUAUUUUUAAAAAAAGGGUCACAUCCAAUAGGUUCCUAAACUAAAGGAAGAAUCACAUGGCUUCUAUCCGAGUAUUCGGUAUAUUAUAACAAAGUUAUUCUUGAAUUACCUUAAAUGGAUGUUGUUGAAGUACGUAAGACAAAAUUAUUGGUACGUUUUUAAGCUCUUAUGCCUAGGCCUUUAUUCUAGAUCUGAAAAUUUUACAUUAACACGCUAGUGUUACUGACUUCGACAGAUCAAGCUACCAAUGCAAAUACUCAAUGCAAAUUUUCAGGUUGUAUUUGUAAGCCUACAUUGGCCAAAAUAGUUAAGUUGGGGUAUUGAUGUGGGGUUUUUUUUUAACAUGAGAUAACCUUGUCAUUGUUGAAAGAUACCAAGAAAAUCUUAAAGUGGCAGAACCAUCAUCAUUAUUUUAGGUGGGUCCGUCCGUAUUUAUCAUGCCUUCUGAGAAUAUAAAUAUGAAUAAAUUAAACAUACUGGGCUUUCUAUUUUUGAUUGGCCACGACGCCGCAGCGCGUGUAGCGUCUAAACCUAAACGCGUGCGUGACGUUAGGGUGUACAGAAGGCCUACGCGCAACAAUGUGUACUAAAGCAAACACUGGGCCAUGGGAAAUGCCACUUUAAUACUUAAAUGAUAAUUACCGUUUGCUAUGGUCGAUAGAGAUCAGUUGAUAUUGUAUACUUUGGACAGUAUUCGAAAGCCCAGACUGAUUAUAAGUACUGUAUUGUGCACGGAGUUAUGAGCAUUAUCUGGAAUCCGUAUGACCUUUAAUGCAUUAUCUAUACCAACGACGUUGAAUACCACUAAAGUAUUGAUCUGUACACCCUUCUAUCGGAAAAUGUAGCCACAGUAUGUAAAAAAAA